AUGACUAGAGUGGACGUUCUGGUCGAGACGGAACAUAAUCUGCAAAAUAUUCGAUUAGUUGGUGAUAUAAACAGUACUCUCGAGAAAGUUAUUGAGCAGAUGUUUAAAGUUGUCCAGGUAAUGAGCUAUGAAAGUGGGGAAGGGGUAAAACGGGACAAUACAUUAAUUUUCACAGUUUUGUUCCCUUUAAUAUUAAACGCAAUUUGGUCCAGGGAUUGGCAACUAGAGUGCGACGCAUCUGCUCUCCUGAGACUGUGGAGGCAGAACUCCAGCAUCUGCGGGAUACACUCCACGAAAACGGAUACCCAGAAAGAUUUAUCCUUCGAAAUAUAGGGGAGCGCACUGCAAAGCCUACCAUGGCGACUGCAGAAAAGAAGGACUUAUUUAUAAGACUGCCUUUUCAAGGGGACGCAGCAAGUGACCAAGUAAGAAGAGGUCUGAAGACAGCGGAUCACUAGCGCUUCCCCGCUGCGAACUUACGUGUAUGUUUCACUAACUCUCCCCUCCUACGCUUAGGAGGUGAAAACCGACUCCCGUUGCAGGCCACAUCGAUGUGUAUUUACUCAUUCACUUGCUCCUGUGGAGCGGGAUACAUUGGCCUUACAACGAGGCGCCUGGAAAAGGGAGUACGUGAACACAUACCGGCCUGGCUAGGCAAAGGUGAAAAGAAAUCGAUCUCGAGUUCUAUUCUCGCACAUCUUGUCGAUGCUAAUCAUCGAGUCGAUGCCAAAGAAGCCUUUCAGGUUGUCUACCGGACACCAGCAAGCUUCUCCAGAGGCCUACGCCAACGGGUUCUAGCUACAGCCGAGGCAGUAGCUAUACGGCUAGCCAGUCCAGUGCUAUGCUGUCAGAAGACUGUGACACAGGCGCUCUGUCUUCCGUGGUCAACGCCGACCCCAACGUCGCCCCAAACUCCUGAUGGCAGGGUGUGUGCACAACGUACCCGACGUACUCACAGCCUAUGUACCCCUCUUCCUCGCCCCCUUGACCCAAUGACCACGACAUGCCGACCGCGCCAUAGCACGCCUCGUCAUGCGAGUGGCGUGGGAACGAUGGAUGUUACUUGUCCCUGAAUCACUUAUAAACUGUGAAACUUCGCAUAACUUAAACUUCUAUGUAACCGUUUUGGCCUGAUGAAAAAUUACCGAAAACACGUGUUUGCCAAAUUGACUUUUCAAGAUCAUAUUUCGUAGCCGCUCCUGUUAGGAUUAUGGGCUAGGAGAUAUGGUUAGAGGUUAGUGUUAAACCCUCUAUUACCACCGGCCCCGUAUGACAUGCCGCUGGCGCUGGCCUACUUUAGAUCCGACCUAAUUCUCUAUAACAAAAAUACUUGCGGCCAUGUUUUGCAUAAAAUGUGUGUGAAUUUAUAGGGGCAUCGAAAAUAAAAUGAAAAACAAUUCAUGCUACACAAGUAGCCAUGUUCUGCAGAGUGUAGGCGGUCAGGAAGAAGCUCAUGGAAAAGCCAACCGGUUCGACGACAACGAUGCCACCAUCAGCAAUCUGCUCGCCGAGAAGAACCGCCUACACAAACCUACGUAGACCACCUCACUGACGACAACAAAGCUGUCUUAUACCGCAGUCGCCGCCACCUUCAGCAACGACUGCUCGCAAAGCUGAGGAGAUCCAAGUGUACGCGGACCGCAACGAAUGGAAGAACUUCUUUUCCGCGAUCAAAGCUGUCUACGGUCCGCCGACGAAGGGCACUGUUCCUCUCCUCAGCGCCGACGGCAUUACCCUCCUGACUGAGAAAACACAAAUUCUACAGAGAUGGGCCGAGCAUUUCCGAGGCGUCCUCAACCGCCCCUCCGCCAUAUCCGACGCCGCCAUCGACCGUUUGUCUCAAGUAGAGACCAACGUGGACCUCGACCUCUCGCCAUCUCUUCAGGAAACCAUCAGGGCCGUGCAGCAGCUCUCCAGCGGGAAAGCACCCGGAUCGGACGCAAUCCCUGCUGAGAUCUACAAGCACGGAGGUCCCCAACUGAUGGAUCACCUGAUUGCGCCCAUCCAGGAGAUGUGGCGCCAAGGUGAAGUCCCGCAAGAUUUCAAAGAAGCAACCAUCGUGCAUCUCUACAAGCGAAAAGGGAACCGCCAAGUCUGCGACAAUCACCGUGGAAUCUCCUUGCUGAACAUCGCCGGGAAGAUCUUUGCCCGCAUCCUCCUCAACCGCCUGAAUAAUCAUCAAGAACAGGCUUUUCUACCGGAAAGCCAAUGCGGCUUCCGUCGUCUUCGCGGGACCAUGAAUAUGAUGUUCGCUGCCCGUCAACUUUAG